AAUCAGAUUAGAAAAGGUCAACCAAAAACCAAAACCCUCUAUCUCUCCAACAGAAAUGGGUUUCAAUUUUAUGGCGGCCAAAAGCAGUCUCGUUUUAGAGCAGUGCGAAACUUGCGCUCCUUUAAUCAAAAUUAAUAUCCAAAAUAAACCCUCUUUUUAUGUUUUCUCUUCCAACCAUAUAUCCUUCCUUAUUUUCUUCCUUCUUAUAUCCCAUCUCUGAUUCUUUUUCUUUUUCUCACUUCCCAAACAACCUAUCUAUUUUAUUUUUUUUCAAUCCAAGGUUCUAAUUGAUCAUACUUUAUGGCAACAAAACCAAAAGAGAGCAGUAGUGUAGGGAAGGAGAAGAAAGUCCCACUAUCUUCAAGUACUCACACUACUCCAACUAGAAGUGGUACUAAACUAUCCCCCAAUUCAUCUUCUACUCCUAAACCUUCUUCUUCAACCUCCACAGAAAAACCACUACCAAACUAUCUCAAACCCACCAUAAGCUCACGCCAUGAUGAAGCUUUCAAACCCAUCAAAAAACAUGGAUCUGAUCAUGAUCCAAAUCACAAAGCGACACUCAAUAGAAGAAGAUCUUUCGACAAACCACCCUCUUCUUCUCGAGUUCAAAGUGCAUUGGUCUCACCAGGUCCUAAAGAGAGAAGGACAGCAGGUAGAUCUUCCUCUUUUUCCUGUAAAACCACCACUUCUUCGAAACCCAUUUCAGAUAAUAAGCCUUUAAGAAGCCCCAAGCCUGCAAAACCGCAUCCUACGUUCGCGAAGACUGUGAAGAGCACUGUUCCGAAGAAGGAAGCUUCUAAUGCUUCUGCUUCAAACAGAAUUCCGAAAAGUCCUUCUGAUCAAACACAGACAGUAGUACACAAUGUUGAAGCUAAGCAAGAAGCUACAACAGAGUUUUUGGUUCAUGAGGUAGCAGAGGUUGAAAGUGAGGUUAAAGCCUGUCCGGAAGAACCAAAACCAGAAGGUAAUGAUCAGCAUUCCAAUGCUGUAGAUGGUGAAGCUAAUAGUGAUGAGAAUGAGGACAAAAAGGAAUGUGAAGAAGCAAAAGCUGGUAUUACGGAUGUUGGUUUGGAAGAAACUGAUAACAAAUCACAAGAAGGAAGCCAAGUCAACGAUAGUACUGAAUUUGAAGGAGAAGAUGAUCAGAAUAAGAAAAGCGACGAAGGCAAUGAGAGUCACAGAGAAGAAGGCAGUGCAAGUGAGGCAAAAGAGGAUCAUGUGGAAGAAGAUAAAGUAAAUGAGGCAGCUGUAGAAGAAACAAAGGUCGUUGAAGCAAACAAGAAUGAGGAGAAGACGGUGGAUAAUGAAAAGGAAGAGGCUGCUUGUGAAGGAAGUAAUGUAGAUAAGGAUGGAAAAGAUGUGGAAGAAGGAAAAUCAGAGGCAGAAGCAGAGGUAACGGUGAAACGACAAGGUGGGGGAGGACAAGGAAAGAAGGAUAAUGCUCCAGCAUACAAUGAUGUGAUCGAGGAAACUGCGAGCAAGCUUUUGGAGAAGAGGAAGAACAAGGUGAAAGCGCUUGUUGGAGCAUUUGAGACUGUUAUAGAUUAUGAAUCCAAAUGAACCAUUCAACUCAUUAACUGUUGUUUCACAAAGAUUUUCGUUGAAGACUCAUGUUGUAAAAAGUUUUAAAAAAAUCAAAAAAGAAAGAAAAAAAUUACAACCAAACUGCAGUGAAAUGCUGCAAUGGUGAUUUAUAUGGGUUAUAAAGUAUAAACUCCUGAUAAACAGCGUCAUUUGGAUGGGGAGGUUACAAUUUGUUGAUAUUUUAAUUUGCAUUGUUGACUACAAAUUUAGUGAAGUAUAUAUAAUGCAUUCAGGGUCUAAUCUUUGAAAUCUUUUUCUUCUCAU